AUGGUAAAGAAUGUGAAUGACUACCAUCUUGUUCUUGAAGGCUUUUCUCUUGUAUGUGAUGAGCAGCUCACAAAGGAGAUAGAGAGUGAGAGAACCAUUCCAUUCACGGAAGAAGACUUACUCUUAUCUUCGAGAUUGAACGAAGGCCAGAAACGUGCUUAUGAUGUUAUUCUAGCUGAGGUUUAUUCUUCUGGGAAUAAGAGUUUUUUUGUUGAUGGUCCUGGGGGAACUGGAAAAACCUUCUUGUAUCAUUCACGUCUUGCAACGCUUAGAUCUCAGGGAUAUAUUGCGAUAGCAGUUGCAUCAUCUGGCAUUGCUGUUUCUAUUCUUCCUGGAAGAAAGACUGCUCAUUCGAGAUUCAAGAUUCCCUUGGAUGUAUCAAUGAACAAAACCUGCCAAAUUAGCAAGCAGAGCUCAGUAGCUAAACUUAUUUCACUAGCCAAGCUAAUCUUUUGGGAUGAGGCUUCAAUGGCUAAAAAAGAUAAUGUGGAAGCAUUUGAUCUAUUGCUGAAAGAUGUGAUGAAUUCUGAUAUUCUUUUUGGUGGUAAAAUAGUAGUUUUUGGUGGUGAUUUUCGUCAGACUUUACCUGUUAUACCAAGUGCAUCUAGGGGCCAGCAGAUCGAAGCUAGCUUUGUAAAUUCCUCUCUAUGGAAUACUCUGACAAAACUUUCUUUAUCAGAAAAUAUGCGAGCCAUUCUAGACCUUCCAUACUCAGAUUUCCUUCUUAGAGUUGGUGAAGGCCUUGAACCUGAAGAUCUUGAUGGGAAAAUAUCUUUACGUCAGCAUUUAUUAAUUCGGUUCAGUAACAAAAAUGAAUCACUGAACAGGUUGGUAGAUUUUGCAUUCUCCGAUCUCUGCCUUUAUUCAUUAGAUCCAUACAGGAUGAUUAACAGAUGUGUUCUUACGCCAAAGAACUCCUGUGUUGAUGAUAUUAAUGAAAUGAUGAUUGAUCGCUUCCCUGGAUAG